CCUGCUACAGACUGGAUAUCAAAAGCUUCAUUGUGCAUUGAGCAGCCUAGGUCCCUAGUGUGCCAGGGAGGAGGCGGUAGGAGGGACACCGUUGGGAGGCUCCCAAAGCUCUCUGGCUGGUGUUCCCUGGGGCCCUGGCCCGGGAGGAUGGUGCACACAUGGGUGGCUGUUUCUGCAUCCCCAGGGAGCGGAGUCUGCCCUGGAGCUCAGGUAAAGAAAGUCCUUCCAAGGAUCCAAUCAUAUCAAGUGAGGGUUUAUCCUCAUCCGAACAUAAGGAAAACUGUUUCCUGCCACAGAACGUGACACCAGAUCUGACACUCUCCUUCUGCGUGAGGAGCCGCUCCAGGAAGUGUGUAAACGGACCCUUGCAGGAAUCUGCCCGGAGGCGGCUCUGGGCACUGGAGAAUGAGGACCAGGAUGUGUGCGCCUUGUUUAAGGAACUUUCAGCAAGGUUGGUGAGUAUCCAGUCCCAGAAGGCCCAGUUCAUCCUCACCUUCAAGACCAUGGAAGAAAUCUGGAAAUUCUCCACCUACCUGAAUUUAGGCUAUGUGUCCACUUGUUUGGAACACCUUCUCUUUGACCACAAGUACUGGCUCAACUGCAGGUUGGUGGAGGACACAGAGAUUCAAGUGUCUAUAGAUGAUGAACACCUGGAAACCAUGUACCUGAGUCUCCUGGUACAAGAAGGCCACUUCUUCUGCAGAGCCCUGUGCUCCUUGACUCAGCCAGCUGAGAAGGAGGGCGAGUGUUUGACACUUUGCAAGAAUGAGCUAAUCUCUGUGAAGAUCUCUGAAGGAGAAUCUGAGUGGGAAGGCGUGUCCUUAGUGACUGGUCAGCGGGGCUUCGUGCCUGCCUCAGUCCUGGAGCCUCUGCCUGUCCCUUUCCAUCAAUGGUUCCUAAAGAAUUAUCCAGGAAAUUGUGGUCUUUCCAGGAAGAAGGAUUGGACAGGCUCCUAUCAGAUGGGCAGAGGACGAUGCAAGGCCUCGAAGGAUUAUGAGCGGAAAGAAAAGGACGAACUGAGCUUCUGCCAGGGAGAAAGCAUUGAGAUUGUGGGCUUCGUCAUCCCCGGGCUUCAGUGGUUCAUUGGGAAGUCAAUGAGCUCAGGAGAAGUGGGCUUUGUCCCCACCAAGAGCAUAGAUCCCGAUUCCUGCUCUCCAAUGAGCAAGAACUCUGCGUUUUUCAGUGAUGAGGAAAGGUGCUCACUGUGGGCCCUGGGAAACAACAAGAAAGAGGAGUGUGCCAGCUUCCUCCACGCACUGGCUCAGACUGACAUCACAUCUGUCUACAGGCUUAGUGGGUUUGAAUCCAUCCAGAAUCUUCCCAAUGAUUUGAGCGCAUCCCAGGCUGAAGGCUUCCACGAGGCCAGGUCUGGUGGAGCCUGGGAGGAGCGACAGUUCGUGGGCUCCAGAUACUCCAGCAGCUCCGGGGACUCCCACCUGGAGGAGGAGGAGCUCCUCUCAGCCGCCUCUGACAGCUAUCUCCUCCCGGAACCUGAUGACCUUGAUGAUCCCGAACUUUUCAUGGACCUCAACCCUGAUCAGGAUGAGGAGGAGGCUGAUAACUUUAGCUCCAUAUUGGCUUUUUUGGAUCAUGAGGGUUACACGGACAACUUUAAGAGCCUGUACGAUUUCUCCUUCUCUUUUCUUACUUCUUCGUUUUACAACUUCUCUGAAGAGGAUGAGCUUGUGGCCUAUCUGGAGGCCUCCAGGAAGUGGGCCAAGAAGAGCCAUAUGACCUGGGCGCAUGCCCGGCUCUGCUUCCUCUUGGGCCGGCUGAGUGUCAGGAAAGUCAAGCUCUCCCAGGCCAGGGUGUACUUUGAGGAGGCCAUCCACAUUCUCGAUGGGGCCUUUGGGGACCUAUCCUUGGUGGCCUCUCUGUACAUCCACUUGGCUGCCAUCUAUCUGAGACAGAGGCUGGUGCAUAAAGGCCCAGGCCUGCUGGAAAAGGCAGGGGCUCUGCUGGCCUGCCUGCCGGACCGUGAGUCCAGUGCCAAGAGCGAGCUUGAUGUGGUGGCCUAUGUGCUGCGCCAGGGGAUUGUGGAGGGCAGCAGCCCCCUGGAGGCCAGGGCCUGCUUUCUGGCCAUUCAAUUGCUCCUGAAGCUAGGCCGGCAUGAGGAAGUCCUGCCCUUUGCUGAGCGCCUGCAGCUCUUGUCUGGACAUCCUCCUCCUUCAGAUGCUAUGGCCACCAUCUUGAGUUUUCUCUAUGACAAGAAAUAUCUUCCGCAUCUUGCAGUGGCCUCUGUCCAGCAACGUGGUACUCAGAGCGCUCAGGGCACAUCUUUUCCGGUUUGGCAGGUCUACUUGGUCCUCCAGAAUACCCCCAAACUCCUUGGCAUUUGUUCCUCAAGCUGGGGUGAAGUUUCUGCCCUGGCCUGCCCAAUACUCAGACAGUCGCUGGCUGCCUGUGAGGAACAAGCUGACUGGAGUACCCAGAGGGCUCUGUGUCUCAUCCUGUCCAAAACAUACCUCCAACACAGGUCUCCUGAUGGUGCCAUCCACUACCUAAGCCAGUCCUUGAUGCUGGGGCAGCUGCUGGGUGAGCCAGAAGUCUUUGAGUCUUCCCUCUGUCUGGCAUGGGCCUAUCUCUUAGCCAGACAGGCGAAGAAGGCUCUGGAAAUUCUUGAGCCACUGUUAUGCUCCCUGAAGGAGACAGAAAGUGUUGCCCAAAGUGGAGUGGUCCAUAACCUCCUGGGGCUUGCACUCCUAGAUGAAGGCUGUGUGAGCAGAGCUGCCAUGAACUAUCUCCAGGCCUUGAACAGAGCUUGGGAGAUGGGGGAUGUACAUAACCAGGCAGUGAUUAUGGCCAAUCUUGGUUACCUGACCUUCAAGUCCUGGGCUCCACAGCCAGCCAGGGACUUUCUCCUUCAGGCAGUCCAACUCUAUUCUGAACUCCAGACCUGCAAGGAGACCGACAUGGAAUUAGUACAGGUGCUUCUCUGGCUGGCUCAAGUUCUGGUGUCUGAACACCAGCUGACCCACGGUCGCCUAUGUUAUGAAAUGGCGUUGCUGUUUGGCUUAAGGCAUCAACAUUUAAAGAGUCAGCUUCAGGUCACCAAAUGCCUCUGCCAUUUCUACAGCUCUGUGUCCCCAAAUCCUGAGGCAUGCAUCAUGUACCAUGAGCGCUGGCUGGCCCUGGCUCAGCAAUUCAGGGACAGGGAGAUGGAGGGGAGGCUGCUGGAGUCCCUUGGGCAGCUCUAUCGAAACCUAAACACUUCCAGGUCCCUCAGGAGGUCCCUCACCUGCAUCAAGGAGAGCCUGCGUAUAUUCAUUGACCUCGGGGAGACAGACAAGGCUGCUGAGGCCUGGCUGGGGGCUGGGCGACUCCACUACCUCAUGCAGGAGGACGAGCUGGUGGAGCUGUACCUGCAGGCAGCCAUCCAAACAGCUUUGAAGUCAGAGGAGCCCUCCCUGGCCCUCAAACUCUACGAGGAAGCUGGCGAUGUGUUCUUCAAUGGGACGCGUCACCGGCACUGCGCGGUGGAGUAUUAUCGGGUUGGGGCUGUUCCUUUAGCAAGGAGGAUGAAGGCACUGAGAACUGAGCUCCGCAUUUUCAACAAGCUGACAGAAUUGCAGAUCAGCCUUCAGGGCUAUGAGAAGGCUUUGGAAUUUGCCACACUGGCUGCCAGGCUAAGCAUUGUCACAGUCUUCCAAUUCCUAGGAGAUCAGAAGCAGGAGCUGGUGGCCUUUCACCGCCUAGCUACCGUGUACUACGCACUACACAUGUAUGAGAUGGCCGAGGACUGCUACCUAAAGACUCUGUCCCUUUGCCCACCAUGGCUGCAGAGUCCCAAGGAGGCGCUAUACUAUGCUAAGGUAUAUUGUCGCCUGGGCCAACUCACCUUCUACCAGCUGAAGGAUACCCAUGAUGCCAUUGAGUACUUCCUGUUGGCCUUGGCAGCAGCCGUCCUGCUGGGUGACGAAGAGCUGCAGGAAACCAUUAGGAGCAGGCUGGACAACAUCUGCCAGAGCCCCCUGUGGCAGGACAGUCCUUUGGGGUGCUGCUCAGAGAGGGCGUGGUGGCUGAGUGGCAGGGGCCUGGCCCUCUGAGGAAAGCUGUCCCAUCUCUGACCAUUUGGUGUGGCCAACUGCUGCUUCCUUGCCGUAGGCUCUUAGGUCCUAAUCAGGAGGGUCUGAGUCACCACCUGGCCCAGCCUCCUCAUUUUACAAUGAGAAGAGUGGAGCCCAGAGGGAGAGGGAAUCAUUCCCGGCCACACAAGGCGCUGAUGAUGGAGCUGCUGUGGGAAGUCCUGGCUCAGGGCUUUGCUCCGGAGCCUUCUCCAGGUGACUGUGGCACUACCACACAACCUCUGAAAUGGACUUUCUUGACAUGUGAUUCUGGAGAAAAUGAGAAACCUCGCCCCUGGGAACCUUCCUUCCUUCCCUCGUGAGGAAAUCAGGCACCACGCUGGUGAAGAGGCAGACAGAUUGGAGGAUGUGCUCUUCACCAGUUUUCUCAGGGACAGAUCCCGCCACUUGCCAGUGGAGGAACCCACAGUUUCCUUUCUUUCUUCAAAACCAAAGGAGGUGCCACUCUUCAGGCUUGUGGGGACUGGCAGGAAUGAACCCACUAAGAUCACAGAAUCUUACCUCAGAAUGGCCAGGUCAAGCACACAGCGGGUGAGAUCUGACUGGAAUUCACCAACUCCAUCCAGCCCAGAGGCCAUUCUCCCUCAUAAUGUCCCAGAAACCCCCACAAGCUUUUCAAAGGCCAAAUCUUGAAAACUGAGCAUUAAGAAAAUCAUGACAUAAACUAUAUGUAAAUAGUGUACAUCAUUACAUAUUGACUAUUUAUAUUUACACACACAUUUUUGUCACCUUUAUGGUGGGCACAAAUGAAAUAGGUUGAAGGAUGGGCUAAAGACCAAGGUGCCAUACUGAUUUCAAAACAACUCUGUCAAUUAUCUUUAAAACACCGCAUGGAUUGAAACAACAUUUAUCAUCUCCCAGUUUCUAUGGGGCAGAAUCCAAGUGUGACUUAAAAAUGGUUCAGGGUGGCUCAGGGUGGUUCACAGGUUGCAGUCAAAGUGUCAGCUGGGGCUGCUGUUGUCAUGAGUUAAGUAUCUGCUCCCAAGUACACUGUGUAGUUGUUGGCUGGAGCCCGUUCCUCACUGGUGGAUGGCCAGAGGCUGGCCAGAUGCUGCCCACAGUCACCUGCCCAAAGGGCCUCUCCGUUCAGAGGUUUACAACAUGGCAGUUUGCUUCAUCAGAGUAAACAAGGGAGAAAAACUGGAGUGAGAGUGAGUGAGAGAACCAAGUCACUGUCUUUUUAUGACCAAAUUGCAGAAGUGAUAUCCCUUUAGUUUUGCCUAUUCUAUUAGUUACAAGUGAGUAACUAGAACCAGCCCACACAAAGGGGAAUGGCUACCAAUGGCAUGGACACCAGGAUGUGGGGUAUCAUUGGGCAUCAUUUCAGGAGCUACCUAUCAUACUGUCUGAGGUUUUUUGGCAGGGAGGGUACUAGUGAUUGAACAUAGGGGUGUUUUACCCCUGAGCUAUAUCCCAAUCCAUUUUAUCUUUUAUUUUGAGACAGGACCUUGCUAAGUUGCUGAGGCUGGCCUCAAACUUGACUGCUUCAGUCUCCAGAGUUGCUGGGAUUACAGGCAUUUGCUACCGUGCCUGGCUACUGAAUUCUUUAAUGGAUUCAGGAAUUCUCUAAGGCAGUAACUCAAAAUAUGUUCCCCAAACCAUCAGCAUUGAAAUGCCAAUUCUUGGGCCCCACUAAGACAUAGAGCUCUAGCUCUUGUGAGCUCUCCAGUUGAUUUGAAUGCACACUAAAAUUUGAGGAGCUGUCUAAGAUGGGGGUUCUCAGGUGUGCAUAAGAAAAACCUGAGGAACUUGUUGUGCAUGAAUUUACUAGUUCCCACUCUUAUAAUUUUGGUUCAGUAGGCCAGGGAUAUGUCUCAGGAACAGGCAUGUCAGGUGAGCAACUCCAGUGAUCCUGAUGUGAGUGGUCUACCCUUGCUCUGAGCAGUGUGCACAUGUAAGGAGAUCAGGCCAUCAGGAUCUCCACCUGAGGCCCAUCAGUUUAGGUUUGACUAUGAGACCAUCUGCCCUUUAUUUCUAGCUCUUUGGGCUGAUUGACUGUUGCUCAUUUGGUGGGCUGGGAAGGAAGGGGUGCAUGGAGUUGUUGUUAUGUCUUCUGGUCACCAAGGUUGUUUACACAUAGGCACAUUUUUCUCUUGGGGACUUGGUUGUCAAAUGCUGUACUCUAGAAAGUAUUUUUUUCCUAGGAAGGAAAUGAAAUUAUUUAAUCCAUUACCAUGUAAAAUAGAUGCCAUUUUUCUCCCACCACAAGCAAUAAAAUCUCCGAGCUGGGAGGGAGGAAUGCUGUGGUUGAGGCUAGCCAGUCUAAUCUCCCAUGCAAAGUCCUUUCAACAACAUUCUUGGGAGAUGGUCAGGGGCACAUGCAUUCCAGAACAGUUACACAUCUUGUAUUUGAAGAAGGCUUGCUUGGUCCUGGAACCCUUGCUAUGAACCAUUCCCAAUGUGACUCGGGUUACAGAUUCUUUCCCUUUCCCACCAACUGAUCAUUUUCCUUUGACCAGAUUUGAUGUUAUUCCUCCUAAAAUGAGGUUCCCAGAGCUUCACCAGAAUUUUGUCAUUGGCUGGCAGGUGAAGAAUACGAAGAGAAAUUACUUUAAUUAAUGUACUAUAAUGCUGCAUCUUACGUUUGUGUUGGGGGUUUUCUGCUCUCCAGCAUGCAUAUCUUAAUCUUGGCUCACAUUGAGCUUUAUCAUCACUUAAAGCCUCUUCAUCUUCUCACAUGAACUUCUGUUCGGCCAGAUCUUUCUCAUUUGCUGCAAAUACACAUGUAAAUAGACAUAUGCGUAUAUAAACACAUACGUAGGCACACACACGUAUGUGCAGGGCGUUAUGUCUGUCUACCUUACAUUUCGUUGAAAGUGUUGAUUACAUUUUUCUAAUUCUCUGUGUUUUGAUUCUUCUGUGAAUAUGGUAAAUUUGCCUCUAACCAGAUAUAAAUAUUCAGUGUGCUUCCAAAGACAAGGGUAAGACUUUUUUUUUUUAAUGAGCAAAACAUUAUACUAUAUAAUUGCAAUUACUAUAUCCUAUAUGUAAAUUGCUUGCUUAGUCUUUAAAAGUUUUUGAAAUUUUCAUUUUAAAAAUGGGGGCAGUUUCCCUUGGAAUUGUGUUGAUGUUCUUUUUCUCGUGAUCCACAGAAAGUGAAGUGGUCAUUGGAUCUGAUCUCUAUUUAUUAUAUCAUAGCCAAAGGUGAAUUUGUUACCUUUUUUAUCUUAUUCCUCCUCCCUGAAUUUCUGUGGGUCACUUCCCUCCUGGCUUCUUGUAUUCAAUCUAAAUAAAGAACAAGGACAGAAUUGCAACAUCGUGGAAAACCUGUAGCGUGCUUUCUGGGUUUUCAGGUGCACUAUUUCCCUAACCAAUAGUGUUAACAAUCUGAAUAUGAAUACUACUUUUAUCCUUUUCUUAUUUGAUUUUCCUUUAAGAGAGUUUUAUAUAUAUUGUAUAUGUAGGUGUUCUCUUUUAAUACAAUGUAACUAAUUUGACAGAAGUUUAUUUGGAGAAGGGAAUAUGCAGGGAGAAGAAUGUCAGAAUUGGGGGGUGCAAUUCAUUAAUUUGCAGGGUGACUUUGGGUAAGGCACUUAACUUCUAUGCAUCUUAGAUCUCUGAGAUCUAAAAUAAGUCCCAUUCAAGUUCCUUUUCUGUGAUGUUAUUUUCAUACUGAAUGAACAGCUUAAGAGAUGGUAUAUAGGACAUGAAAUUAUCUUCUUAUACUUUAAUUUUAUUCUCUUCUUUUUAAAAGCAAGUAAACUGAGAAAUAGAAAAGUGAUUUUUCUUCUAGUCGCAUAGAUAGUUAGUGGCAAACACAGCAGUAUUCUAGGUCUCAUGAAUCAAGGAUAUGGUUGCAUGAAUGACAGGAUUUCUGUUAUUCAGGGCCACCUUCACAGGUACAUGUCUGCAUGUUUGCAUGUGUGUAUGUGGGCAUGCAUUUAUUGCUGUAUUCACCAUCCAAAGAUUUUUUUCCCAAGGUUUUAAAAAUAUUAAUUUACAUCUUUUACCAAUAUAGGUUCAUUUUAUAAAGGAGACUGGUUUACAUAUAUGAGAUAUACUUGUAUUGCUUUCCAUAAGUAGAAUACCAUAGAUAAUAACAAAUGUAAUGGAAACAAAAUAAUGCACUAAAUUUGAACUAAGUCCUCUGGUUACAGCAAGUGCCCAGCCUGGGCCUGACCUGGCAUUGUUGGAAACUAGAUGAACAAGUGGCAGGGAAUGAAGAAGACAGACGAACACCAGUCACUUUCUUUUUGAGCACCAGAAAAAUGAAGAAAGUGGCUGAGAGGACUGACCUCCUCACAAGGUCAGUGAUUUCCAAGCCAUAUCUGGGCACAUACUUCCCAAAUCAGGGAAGUUUGGGCCCAUUUGGGUGAGAGAAAAGGGGUAAAUGCUGCACUAUUUAGUGUGAUUCAGGAUCAGAAGCAAUGCAAUGGGAGUCAGUUAUGGGGUAUUAUGGUCUCUAAGAGGAGGGGAUUUUACCAGGCAUGGGAACAAGGGUAUCCUGGAGAAAAUGAUGUCUAAGCUGAGUCCAGAACAGAAAGACCUACUUAAUUCUAACUGUGGUUAGAAAGUUGGUGUUGACAGACAGGGCAUGUGUCAAGCAAAGGUCCAGAGCGGGGAGAAGCAUGUUUCCUGAGAGCAGCAGAGAGUUCAGCAAGGGAUGAGAGUAGGGGAGCAGGGAUGGGAGGUGAAGAAGAGAUUGGAGACGGGGGGAUGGAGAUAGGCACAGGAGUUUGGACUUCAACAUGAAGGUGAGGGAGAACCACAGAAGAGUUACAAAGCCCUGAGAGAGACACACAUGGGACCUGGGCUUUAGAAAGAUGAUUCUGGAAGCAGCCUGAGAAGGGAUUAAGGACAGCAGAAGGGGAGAUGGGAGGCCCAUUAGGACCUGGAUGUUGCAAUAGGCACUUCAGCCCUUAUUUGAAUCUCACCCUUGUCCCUACUAAUGCUCUUUUCUCACCCAGGAUCCAGCCUAGAGUAUCGUAUUACAUUAGUCACCAUGUUUCCGUAGCCAGCUCAGAUCGGUAACAUUUUCUCAGUCUUUUCUUUCUCAGUCCUUUCAUGACCUUGAAGGUUGGGGCCUUUUUCAUUUUGAUAGUUGCUCUUAUUAAGUUGUGUGGGCGAGGGCCAAAGAGGAAGAAAGUCAAGGAAAUGGAUCCGGUACUCACCAGGUGUCAGCAAGGGAACAUAUUUUGGAGUCAGGCAUCCCUGGGUAAGAUUCUGUUUCUCACUGAACCAAGCAUUGUCAAGCAUAUGUCAGAUAGAACACGUAAAAGUACCAAGUACACACAGUGCCUGAUGUAGAAGGUAAAUACUGAUGGUCUGAAAAAGAUUUUUUUUUUUUUUUAAUUUUUAAAUCUUUAUUUCAUACAGAAGGAAAUGGCCAAAGCAAAUCUAUCUUUGGGGACAAUCCUUUGUUCAUGGAAGACUGAAACUUAAAUCUAGGACUCAACAUAAUGAGGCUGUUUUUAAAAUUUAAUUUUUGUGUUCUAAAAAAUGCAUACUAUGACCCCUCCCAUUGGUCUGUUUAUUUUGAAGUUAAGCUUUAAACUUAACAUUUUUAUUUUAGGUUUUAUCUUCUAUUUUGCCAUUCAGUUUCACAUUCUGUUUCUUUCUGGAGAAAACCCUCAAUGUGGAGAACUUGUAGCCAGCCCCCAGCCCCUAGCACCCAGCCUUGGCUGGGAGUCUGGUCCUGCAUUCAGAGACAUGUGGGUCUGAAGCAGGCCUCCCUGAGGGACCUGAGCAAGUUACUUUAUCUCUUUAAGCCUCAAUUAUUCCUCUGCUUGGAGUUUUAAUUGAGACAAUGUGUGUGGAUGGCUUGGCGUGAGCACUCAAUUUGUGGUAGUGUCACAAGGAAGCAGAAUUAAGUAGUCUUAGCAUAUCUGCCUUUGCUCCUUCCUGUGCAGGCAUGGAUGUUGGGGGUGGUCUUUGCUCUUGGACUUUUACCUUGGCCAUAUUACCUCUUGGGUGGGAGGGCAUGUCUUUCCCAGUAUGUACCUACCUGUACUCCUCAUAUUAGUCAAUAUUUUAGAACUCAGAAGGCUUAGUGGACAGAGUCCACCCUGCUGGAAAUCUGAGUUCUGAGAACUUGCAGUUGGUUCACAUUCUUCCGAUGGGUGUCUUCUCUCCAGGGAACCAGAGGCAGGUGGUGGCAGCUUCAAGGGUGUGGACUCUGCCCAUCUGCUGGGUCAGAGGUGAGACCAAGGAUAACAUGUGUGGCUGAGACUCCACAUGGGGUGGCUCAGCUUAGUUUCUCAGGAGAGGCUAGUAUGCAAAUGGGAGGCUUUGCUUUUGAAAUUAUUUAAAGGUAAGAUCUCCAGCUCCCUCUUUUGGGGCUGCUUCUGAUUCACUGUCCAGGGCAUCAAGGUUGAUCAAGGAAUGAGUCCUUCUCAGGUGAGUUUCAGACAGGGUAGGUGUGGGGAGGAUGACUGAAGUCACAUGGGUAAUGAUUGAGAUGGCAGGUUAAUGGAGUAUCCCUCUCUAUGAGAAAUCAAGAGCUCCAGCAGGGGGCAGUAAUGUCUUUCUUAAAUAGUACAUACAUAUCAUUACCAAAGAACGUGUUUAAUAACUCUGGGUCAGCCUACAAAGACAGUUUUCAAAUUGUGACCAACAGUAAGAAAGAUGCUUUACAUUGUAUUCCAGUACAUACAUGCAUAAACAUACAUAUUUGUUGGACAAUUGCUUUCCAUUAAAAAUACUAUUACAGUUAAAAAAUAUGCAGUAUGUCUUGUUAAACAGAUUUCUUUCACUAACACGCAAUAUGAAAAGUGCUGACCUGGAGGUCGGUCUCUAAAAAAGUAUAGGAGGGUUCUGGCUUCUGUUUUUUCUUAAUCUCAUUUGAUGGACAACCUUUUGACACAGGAGACUAGUAUGUUUCAGAAUAAAAAUACUGGUUGACAUUGAAUGCAUUAGGUCUUAUGCAAUACCUUUGUGAGAAUUCUCUCCUGUAAUCCAGCAACACUUUGAGGUAGAUACUGUUAUUUCCAUUGGGAUUUAUACAAUGGAAGUAUUUUGACUAAAUCUGCAUUAAUAAGUGUUUGGGAUGAGAUUCGAACCUAAGUCUCUGCUGCUGAAACCAUUAUGUUUUAUUGUGUGUCUAUGACAGGAAGAUGUUUGUGGGAGAGAUGCUCUCCCUAAUGUGAUAAUGAAUAGAAGCUAGAUUAAAACUUGUAUCUGCAACUUGCAAUAUUGGAAUGAAAUCAAUUCAAUUGAUUCUAGUGGGGUCAAAAAUUGAUAAUAUUCAAAUGGAAAAUGGAAGGAGGAAAAGAAAGGUUAUAAUGACCAUGUGGAGAUAGGGCAGAAGCUUUAUAAACUAGAUUUUGAAGAUUCCUAGUGGGGAGUGAAUGAGAGAAGGAAACUUGCAAGAAACCUUAGAGUCAACAGAAGAGGUGUAUAGACCCCUGAGCAACGGGCGGGCAGCCAGUGCAGCCUCUAGGGUCUCAUUCACCAUGAUCUUAUAGCUUGAAUGGUAGAAGCAAAAAAGGAACUCAAAGACACAAGAGAAUAACCGAUUUUGAUGGAAAAAAGCUGUUAGGAACAUCCUCCUCCUCCAAAUAUGUCAUAUGCAACAAAUAGACUGGGAGAGGCCCACAUUCAUGAGGGAAUGCUUUAAUUCUCAUGCAUAGAUAGUGGUAGAAACAGUUUUUCACUCAGAAUAUUUAUCAAUGCUUGGCUAUCUGUUCCCUUAGCCUCCUAUUUGAUUUGUAUUUGGGAUUGCAAAAUUUACCAUCAUCUAUGAAAAGGAUUUUGAAAUAGGUGACCUCUCCUGUCUUUCAUUUUGGCCUUUCAGAUGUAGAGUAUAUAUUUAAAUAUAGGUAGAUGUAGGGUGUAUAUUUAUAUAUAUUUAAAUGUGAUGAACUUGACUCUCAACUACUUUACUCUUCUUGUAUGGCCUGGAUAUUACAUGUGAAGGAGACUUGUUUUGUUCUUAAACUCUCUUAGAAGUUGAGAACUUCUGGUGUUCGUCCCUUUGGGGACAUACUGGACAUUGGCCUAUGGAGAUACUCCUAGGAAUGUCCCUGAGUUUUCUGACCAUUGUCCUAGACAAGCAGUGGUGCGAGCUGCAUCUGCUUUCCUCCCCAGGGAGCUGCCACAGACCAGCCUGCACUAACAGCUGCAUGGUGAUCCUGGUGACCAAACAGCUAGUUCAUAAACAGAACAAAACUGACUUGUCUGUCCUAGAGCAGGCAGCUUUGGGAUGCUGGUGGGUGGAGGAAAGCAUAGCCAAACCGAGAGAUGGCUUGGUGGAUUUGCAUUUUGAGUUAUUUAAAAUGCCAAGGGAUUAUGUAGACUGAUAUUCUGACCCUCUUCCAAGUCCUGUGGAUUCUUUCCUCUUUUUCCAGUUACAUAAAGUCCGCCUGUCUUUCUUUUUCCUCAUGUCUUUAGAUUAUGUUUUCCCUUUUGCCCGUGCUCUUAGAGCCUUGCGCUUUUCUUUCCGAGCACUUAUCUUAGUUUACGUUAUGCUUUUUGUGACUGAAUUUUGUCUUUCUGUCUUUGAAACAAUGCCCAUGAACUACCUAUACUGGAAGCUCCAUAAGACCCAGGACCUUGUCAGGGCCACUCAUCCCUGUAUUCCAAGUCCAGCCCUGUGUCUGACACAUGGCAGACAUGCAUCAAGAUUUGUUGAGUGAAAGAAUACAAAAAUGAAUGAGUGAGACAUUGGAUUCAGAUUUUGAAUCUUAUUGGCUUCUUAUUGUUUAUGAGAGGGAGAAAGUAUUUAAGCCAUAAUCCGAUUGCUAAUUGCUUAUAAAUAGUGAGGAUAUUGGGUGAUAGGAGAGUUAACAAGCAGAACAGGAGUUCAACAGAAGUUUAUUGACAAUAAUAAACACAAUCUUCAUUUUCUUAGAAUGUAUAAUGAGUAGUUAUAAAUACAGCAAGUGUCUUCCAAAUUUUCUGAUAAUAGUUAUGAGUAGGGAUAACCAUGGUAUUUCACUGAGCCCAUACAAGGUGUUGUGCUAAAGAAUCUACCUACUGUAAUCUUCUAAAUGACCUACAAAGAAUGUGUCAUUAUCACCACUUCCCAGAUGAAGAAAUCAGGACUCAAAAGUAGUUAAGACACGUGCAGAGAUGUGGCCUAACCUGAAAUUCUAUUCUUUCAAUAACUAUGUAAUUCUGGAUACACACUUUCACAUUCAGAACUCAAGACCUUGAAGAGAAAUACUUCUCUAUGUACAUCAGAAUCCCUUUGCUCUAAGGAAGGGUGAUGGCCAGAAAGUGUAAAGGGAGUAACCUUGGUUUAUUGUACUGACACCCCAAUACAUUCUUUCAUUGAUGGAUAGCCUAUGGAAUACUGGGGAGCAGGGAACAGGUGAUAUCUUUAGAAUAUUUUUUUGACCUAUAUGGUCAGAGUAUUGUUUCAGGUCCCAAAUGUCCUUCCUUGGGAAUCAUAAGUUGAGGGUGUGGCCAGAUGCAGUCCCUGUCCCCUAGUACCUGUCAGUCUGCUCAGAGAAGACUGGACACAUGUGAGGUAUAGUUAUUCUAGGAGGAAAAAAUCUGAGUUUACCUCUGAUGGGACAGAGGAGGCAGAUAGCCAUAUCUCUACUCAUUGUCCAUCUGUCCAUCUAUUCAUCCAUCCAUCCAUCCAUCCAUCCAUCCAUCCAUUCAACCAUUCAUCUAUCCAUCUAGUGAACAAGUAAUGACAGUGCCUGACCUCAUAGUGCGUAUGGGCUCCUUGGUAGGACAGGGCCCUCUGAUGAACUUCUUCAUGAAAAACAAGUUCAGAGAUGUUAUAAGAGAAGACUUCUUACCCAAAGUCCUGCAGGUAGAAAAUUAGAGUGGAGAUUCCAGCCCAAUCUUCAUCCAUAUUGCAAGGAUUGCAUGAAAAUUCAGCUGGGCUUUUGCUAAAUCUCAUGUAACUUCAGCUAGCUAGUUCUUUUUCAUCUGAACAAGCAGUCUAAAUAGACAGUGGUACCACUGAAAAGCUCUGUUGUUUAUCAAGUGUGGCCUCAGACAAAUGUUUAAGUUCUUGGUGUCUUACAUUCAUCAUGGUAAACAGGAGUGAAAUAGAACUUUUAGGACCAUUGUGAGGAUCGAAUGAGUUAAUAGAUAUAAAAUACGUGACACAUGUACAUAAUGUUGGCUCUUGUUACAGUGACAGACAUUUCAGAAGAGCCCUUUUUUGGGUGAAGAAGGUAAUGAAUUCAACUUGCAACAUGUGGGGAAAGCACCUCUAUUUUGCAUUCAACUGAAUGUGCAACAAGUGCAGCAUCCAUAUUUUCCACUUGAUUAUGGGUUAUGAGGUCAGAGAUUCUCUGGGUCACCUCUGCACCCAUAGCACUAGAAUAAUGUCUGAUCCAAGGAAGAUGCUCAAAAUUUAUUUAUCAAAUAAAAGAAAUAAGUAAAUGAAUGGACUAUAGGCAUUAUUUACAAUGUGUUUAUACAUGGAUUAAAUAAUGAAAUAAGUAAAUAUGUCCCCUAUAGGACACUUGAUUUGAAAUAGAGAGGUACUUUACCAAGUGUUGGCUUCAUGCAGUGUUGAAGGAUAUGCAAUUUCCAGGAAGAAGUUGGUGGGGGCAGGGGUCAUUCUCUUUCCAGUUUGAACAUGAACCACCAUUCAAGAGUUCUGUGAUGUCCUGGACCAGGCUUGGAGAACAUCCUGAAGUUCUGUCCCAGCCAACCAAGUGGCCAAUCCUCAUGAAAGAAAAAGACCUUUCUUCCUGCCCGCUAGCUUCAAACUGGGGUCAAAGGCCUUGGGCCAGUUUGAAAAUAAAUAAAAGCCCUGAACAGACAAAAGAGAUUCUGGAGCCAGCCCUCAAUGUAAACACCAGCUUUCCUCUCUGGCCAAACUUCCAGGCACUUCUCUGGGCCCAUCAUAACCUUUCUUAACCUACAGGCCUGCAGGCUGUGGCCGGUUCUGGUGGGCUUGUGGGAAGUGAUGGAGAGGCCCUGAAGAAAGUCCAGGCUAGGUCUCUAACAGCUGGUUCUCUGAAAAACAAAAUGUGUGUGUGUGUGUGUGUGUGUGUGUGGUGUGUGUGUGUUCUCAAGCCAUUUUGAAUUUUAUUUUUAUAAAGAAUGUAUAAUAUGCCAUUCACAAAUAACAACACAAUAUCAAUAGUCUUCAUUAUAAAUUCCAUGUAGGCAAUUGAUUCUCAGACAAUGCAUCUAUUUAUUUAUGUGGAACUCUUGUAUCUAGUGUCACUGUGGUUACAAUUGAAUAACCAAUGCAGCUUUGAUGUGAAUGCUGGUUGAUAUUUUUGUGAACAAGUAAAUAUGAAAGAGAAACAACAGAGAUGUUGGAAAUUCCUAAUUCAUCAAUGUGAUUUUUUUUCUGAAUCAGAAAGAAUUCUCUCAGUUUUUGUGCUCAUCUCAAUGUAACAGCUUCAGAGUGGAGAGUUUUAAAUAUACUCUGCCUUUUUAGCAUCACAUUCCUAAGUCUAGAUAAUCAACAGAACUGUACAUUUUAAAGCUCUGAUUUAUAGCAUUUGAAAAUUUCUGCAGUGUAAACAUUCCCCCCUUGCCUGAUGUCAAGCUGCUAAGGUGAUAUCACUGCAUAUGAAGAUGGGAAAGAUGUGCUGGAGCUCAGCAUUAGAGAGUAUUCCUACCAUCACAGAUGUCAUGGUGCAUAAUCAAGAGAACAGAGAGUAGCAAACUCAAGAAUUUUCAAUAUUUAUUAUUUCUUAACAACGUAUCAUAUUUGAUUAUAAAUUUAUAUUCUUUAUAUAAUUUAACUUCGAAUAAGGCUCUGCUUAACCACCUGCUCUCAAAAUUCCUAAAAAUUUAACAACUGGCUCUCAGCAGUGGGUAGCAGUGGGCUGUAACACCCUGAAGUUCCCUCAGACAAAGAAGAUGAGGCCUAGACAGUGAGUGGGCCCAGUCUGGAGUUCAAGUCAGUGCCUGGCAUGACCAGGACAUGGGGCAAGUAAUUCCUAGGAUGCACUGGAAAUGGAAGGCAAAGAGCAAAGAUACUUCUUUUUUUUUUUUACUCAGGUUGCAAAUGAAAUUCUCCAGCAACUUUCCUGCAGCUGAAAGAUAAUUGAUAAUUGUCACUUGACAUCUGUAACAUUUAUUCCGUAGUGUUUCAAUUUUCAUAAGGCAUGCCUAGAGGAGUGUCGUCUCAGCUAGUUGCUAGGAAAUUCAAGAGAACCUACAAGGCAGUUAUUGUCUCAAUCUACCUCCCUUGUCAGAGCAUCGUCUGCAAAUGAUGGCGUCCAUCACUUACCAAACACUGGUGUAGAAAGUGCUGACCUCCUUAUAUUGCUGCUGCCAUUUUGAACCUAUUGUGCAACCUAGCAGAUAUUUUGAUCCCUGUGGUUUUGCACUGAGGAUUCAUUCUCACAGCUGUGACUUUGAAAAUACAGACAAUAGCCAAUUUUUGCCUUAAGUUUUUUUUAAUGCUUAUUAAUCCAUUUCUACUCCAACAUAAUGUGUUUAAACCAUUUCUACUUUUCCCAUCUUUUAAAAAUUUUUAUCAAAAUCAUUCUAUAGAGAUUGAUUUUUUUGCAUAUGAAUUUUUACAAAGAUGGAAUAAUUUAUCAGUUGUGAUUUAUCUGUUUCUAAUUUUAUCUUCUGCCACUGGGAAAUUUUCUAUUUUGGCUUUCUUUUAUUUUUUUCUUCUUUUUUUCCCUCCACAUUUUUAAAUUGGUGCAUUAUGGUUGUACAUAGAGGUGGAAUUUGUUGUUAUAUAUUAAUGCAUGUACCCAAUAAAACAAUAUAAUUUGGCCAAUAUCCCUCCCAGUACUUUACCCAUCCUUCCCCUCUUCCCACACACUGGUCCCCUUUCUCUAUUUUAAUGAGGUCCUUUUGCUUUUAAUGCCAUCACCCUCCAGUUUUCUUUUUGUUUUUCCUCUCUAGCAUCCAUAUAGAGAGAUAACACAUGAAUCUUGAAAUUUUGAAUUUGGCUUAUUUCACUUAACAUAAUGAUCUCAAGUUCCAUUUUCCUGAAAAUGGCAUAAUUUCAUUUUUCUUUAUGGCUGUAUAAUAUUUCAUUGUGUGUGUGUGUGUGUGUGUGUGUGUGUGUGUUAUGGCUUAUUUCUACUAAGUCCAAUUUUCUUUGACUGAAUUUGCUUGAUCUGAGUUUUGUUAGGACAGUGUAGUUUCUCUGUCAACAUUUAGUCAUUAACAUAUUUUGCUUUGUGCAGUUUAGCUGUUGUCAGUUUUAGUUUGGGCUAUUAUUUUAACAAAAACAGGUAGGGACAAAACCCAAUUGAUUUAAGCAUCUAUGGAAACCACAAAUGGGGCCAGGUAGAAGCAGAUUGCACAGAAUCUGAGUGACAUGCCUUGGGCUAAGUUUUCAUUCACAGCAGAUGAGCAGAAAGGCAGAUCAAUGGUAACUAUACCGAUGACAAGAACUUCAAAGAAAUUUAUAAUGAGAUACAGAGGGUCAAAGUUAAAUUCAAGGCUAUCAUGAAUGAUGACUUUCUAAACUAUGCCCACAGUCUUGUGGCAUGUUUUGCUUGACUCUACCCCAGCAGGUCCUUGGUUUAUGUUGGAGGGAUCUGAGUUUCGUCAGUGUGGUGAAGCCUAAGAUCUCUGAGCUUGGGACCAGGUCAUCUGGGAUCCACCACUUGUUUUGAGUAUGUGGGCAAAUCUUUGUCCCACAAAGUUUCUGAUUUACUGUCAAAGAUGGGUUGGUCUUUAAAAGUUUGUAGACUUCUUUGAAAUCCUGAAAAAAAAAAUCUAUGAAAAUCUCCCCUUGGAAUUAUUUAUAUAGAUCCACCCAUAUUUCGCAUAUAAUUUGAGAAGUUUCAUGGACCCCUUCAUGUAGGCCCAAGGAUGAUGAGUUAAGAACACUCAGCCCAGUAUGGAAAAAAAAAAGCCCUCAGUUUAGGUGAUCUGUCAGGACCUAUCCAGGGUUGACAUGCUACCUAGGACUUAGGUGAUAUAUAUGUAUAUAUCUGCUACUUGAUACCUCAGAGCUGACACACACACCACUUAUGGAUAAAAAUGGAGACAUCUAGAAAAGGAAGAUCUGGAACCCUUAGCAUGCAUGAUUAAUCAAUCAGUGUUUUCAUUGUUAUCAUUAGUGGUCAAAAGCAUAGACCUUGGGAUUAUGCUUCUUUGGAUAAGAUGCUUAACCAUUCUGGGCCUCCAUUUUUGCGUGCAUAAUAUGGAAAUAUUAACAGUACCAACUUUGUAGGGCUGUUGUAUGAAAGAUCUACAUAUUCAACUAUGGUAGCUUUUAUUACCUCUAAUGAGCAGAUUUUUAGAUAAUUUAAUCACAGAUGAAGUGGUAACUGUCACAGCUGGUGAGUUUUAGAUAUUAUUUACUUUAACUCUGUCAUUUUACAAAGAGAGAAUCAGAAAGAGAAGGCAUUGCCUGAGGUCACCCAAAGUUGCCCUGUUCACCUGUGUUAGGGUUGCUCUCUGACAUUUCCCUUAGAUACCAGGAAAAUGUGACAGCUAACAUGACGUCAUCAGCACAGUGCUUUUCCAGGACAAGAGGAGGCCUGUCUCCAUGGAUGAGGUCCCAUGUGAUUAUUUACCUUAUUUGUAGAGUUCUCUGACACACCAGCUAUUUCUGCUGUGAGUAUAGAGUGAUUCAGGGCAGGUUGGACAUCAGUGGGUGUAAUUUCUACAAAUGCAAUUUGCAAGAACCUGUGAUGGUACCUGGAAAUUAGUCACUCUAAUUCUAAUUACAAGGCUUUUGCGAUUCCAGCUGAUUUCCAGCCACUCCCAGAGCAGACGUUUCAACCACCCAACUGCAAUAUAUGGGGACUUCUCAAUGUCACCACCAUUGAGAGAACUGGAACCUGUGGGGAAGCCUUUCAGAAAUGACCACCUUAGUAUCUGACCCUAAGCACAAACAAAGGUGGAAGCCUGCUCAAGAAACUUCCAAAGCUCAUCUAUUGGGAGACACAGGGAUGAUCCCAUAAGGCUGGGCUUAGCUUUGUGGAGGGAUCAGUAGAUUUAUGACUGGUAGAAUGAUUUGUGCUGCUGCUUUCUAAAAAGACCUGGGCUCCCUUCCUCAGAGCACAGCAAGAGACUUUUAGUGCCUCCCCUGGUCUGCUGGUUUCAGUGACUGUUAAAUUGUGCAAAGAGCACUGGGCCCACUGCCCGCCCUCUGGGUCCCUGAGUAAGACAAACAGCCCCUUCAUACUUGGUUCCUGUUCUCUAUGGCAUAAUUAUUUUCAGAAUUGAAUAUAAAUAAAAUAUUAGACAAUAUUAUUUGAACACUUAAUAAUUGCUAUACAAAUGAAAUAAUUUAUUAAAGUUUUCCUCUGCAUCCUGCAUUGUGUUCUGUGCUUCUCAGGAAAAACAACAGUUAGUCCCCAGAACCACCAUUGAGGAAGAAUGUGCCCUUGUCCCUAGUGUGUGUGAGGAAACUUAGCUAAAACAAAAUACCUGAGACUAAAUAAUUAAAAAAAUAAUAGAGGUUAUUUGGCUCAGAGUUCUUCAGACUAGAAGUUCAAGAGCAUGGUGCUAGAGAGGGCCUCACACUGCUUCAACUCAGGGCAAAAAGAGGAAGGGCAAGUUGGUACACGCAGAAGGGGCAGAACAUAAGGGCAGACUUACUUUGUAACAACCUUCUGUGGCAAGAACAAACCCAUGCCCAAGGCUUUAAUCUCUCUUUAUGAUCUAAUCACUUCUUAAAGGCCCUACCACCUCUCAAAACUGAGUUGGGAUUUAGAUUCCAACACAUGAACUUUUGGGGGAUCCAUUCAAACCAACUGCAGAAAUGGCAGCUUAGAGGGAUUUAAUCAUUUAAUAAGCUAGGGGCUUGGGGGUGUGACUCUGUGGAAGAUCACUGGCCUACUGGCCUAGCAAGCAUGAAGCCUUGGGUUUAAUCCCCACAACUGAAAAAAGAAAGUAUAAAAAGGGUAUUUUGGGGAUACAAACGCUGAAACCCAGGGUUGUCUAGUUGCAAACCCUGAGCUCACGAUCAUCAUGUUCUCCUGAUGCCUCACUUGCUGUCUGUAUCAGGCAGGUGUCUUAAAGCACUUAAGAUAUACCUUUCCUCACACCAUUGUAGGGCAGAAAAAAAUGUUCUCUCCCCAUGUUAACUGUAGCCCAUGUGGAGUUAUCAGGCUUUCACAAUGAUUAUCCCUAAUAUUUUAAAGGGCCAUACUAAAGUUUUUGGUGAUUCAGAAAGAUGGGUUCCUGAAGUGAAAGGGGUUGAUAGAUAUUCAACAAGUAGCCCUAAUUCUGGUUUUUGUAAAAUAAAAUUUAUGUGAGGCCUUGGUUAGAACUUAUAGUCAGACAGACUAGACUCUGACACUUAGUAGCUUUGGGUCCUUAGAGACAUAACCUCUCUGGGUCUCAGGUUCUUCACCUGUCAGAUGGAAUAUUCUAGAAUGUAACUUAGAGUGUCACUCUGAAAAUUAAAGAAGACAAUGUAUUUAAAGUAGGUUAUGGUUUGGGUAUGGUAUCAUCCAAAUACUCCUGUGUUCAUGCAGGAAUAUUCAGAGGUAAAAUGGUUAAACUAUGAGACCUAAUCAGUCCAUACUAGUGUGCAAGGGCUAACUGGGUGGUAACUGUAGGCAGGUGGAGUGUGGCUGCAGAAUGUGGGUUACUGGGGGAAUUUCCUAGAAGGGUGCAUCUGCUUUACAGCCCCUUCCUCUCUCUUUUAAUAUUUCCCAACUGCCACAUCCUUUGGCCACAGUGCUCUGCCUUACUUCAGAUCCAGAGCAAUGGAGCUACAAAUCACGGACCAAAUCUCUGAAACCAUUAGCCAAAAUAAACUUUUCCUUCUCUAGGUUGUUAUUGUCAUGUAUUUUGGUUCAGCAACGAAGAACUGACUAACAAAUAUUACUUAGCUCAGAGUUUUCUUGUGUUUUUUUUUUCUUUUUUUAGAGAGAGAAAGAAUUUUUUAAUAUUUAUUUUUUAGUUUUUCGUGGACACAACAUCUUUAUUUUUUAAUUUUUUUAUGUGGUGCUGAGGAUUGAAUCCAGCACCCCAGAGAGAGAAUUUUUUAAUAUUUAUUUUUUAGUUUUCGGUGGACACAACAUCUUUAUUUUUAAAUUGUUUUUAUGUGGUGCAAAGGAUCGAACCCAGUGCCCUGUGCAUGCCAGGCGAGCAUGCUACCGCUUGAGCCUCAUCCCCAGCCCCUAGCUCAGAGCUUUGUAUGUAACAAAUAUUCAACAAAUAAUAACUAUUGUAAUUUUGACCAUGUGUGCUCAAUAAUAAACAACAGCAGCUAAUGUUAACUCGGCACUUCCUGCAAGGCUGACGGUGGGUAAGAAUUUUGCAUGUAUGAUCUUAUGACUUAGGGUUGAUAUUAUUAACAUGCCCAUUCUAUAGGUGAGGAAACCAGGGCUUGAGAAGUUCCGCAAUUUGCUUAAGGUGUCGCAGCUUCAGUAUCAGGGGCAGGAUUUGGAUUCAAUUAGUCUGGCUGCAGGAUCUAUGCUCUCUACCACCAAGCAGUUUUGAUUGUCUUCUGCCCUGACUUGGCUUUUUCAGUAGCACUGACUCCAGGGUAACAUGGCCAUCAGUCAGAUUUUCUCAUAUCAGUCAGCAAUAUGACAGUGUAUGAAUGAGUGAGUGUGUGUGUGUGCAUGCGUGUAUGUGUAUGUUUGUUGACAAAGGCCAGGUUGCAGUGAUAGUUAUGAAUAUUUCCAGGUCAAACUGAUGCUCAAAGAACCAUAUAUUGGUGUCUCCAAAGAGAAACUACUUUUUGUCUUACUAUGAAUAUAUUUUACACAGGCAAUGUCCCAAGGGAGAAAGGACCUGCAGGUGUGACCAGAGAAUAUGUGAAGGAAAGAAAAAAUCAGAGCAACCCAUCCUAUCCCAGAGCACAGCACCAUGAAAUGUUCUUUAAGGGCUACUGAGUUUCCCCAGGAUGGUUUUCCUAAGAGAAAAAUGCAGAAAGAACUGGGGUGAGGGAAAUACAUUUUUGAAGACUGCUUAGGACUAUCUCAUGAAGGAGAAACAGUCCUCAUCCCAUCCACACUCAGCGCACUUACUAACCCCAAGAAACCAUUCUUUUCUAUUGUGCAUUCUAUCCUCUCCCAAGUGCUGAAGGAUUGAUCUAUAGAGACAGUCUCCAAGUGCCCUGGUUGCUACUUGGUUAUUCCAUAGCAAUCCUUUCCAGACACCUCUGAGUUCCAGAUCAUUGAAGGUCUUGGGUCUCUAUAACUCUUCCCUGGGCCUGUUUCCCAGAUUCCCCUGAAUGGGUUAUCUCAGCACUCACACACUUGAAGGAUGACAACAAAUUGCCACCAGACAGAAAAGCUACCAGCACCAUCUGGACAAUGCAGAAUUAUGUCUAUGACUCUACCAACAUAAAUAAUCAAUCUGAAAAUGUGAACAUUUUGCCAUCCCCAAACCUCAGAUAUCAGUCCUUCCUUUAGGGUGACUUCCAAGGUCAGAGUUCUGUUGCUUGAGCUAUGGCUUCUGUCCAAUAGUUCAACAACUGUGGUGCAAUUUCUGUGUGUGAAUAUAGAGAUGUUCUUCAACUAUGUUUAGGCUGCUUGAGAGAUAGACAGGUUUCUAAUUUCAUCUCAAAGUACUCAGUAUCUGUGAGUCACUAACAAACCAAUUCACCUUUCUGAGCCGUGGCUCUUUCAAGUGUAAAUUGGGGAAUAUAAAUAUCUGUGUCAUAUCAUAAGGUUAUUGUAAAAUGAAUAAAGCCCUGUAUCUAAAGCACUGAUCAUUGUGGCUGGAAUAUAGUAGAUAUAAUCAAUACAUUAGGUCUUUCUUUUAGCCUGUGACUUAAACCCAUGAUAGAGAAAAAAGACCCAAGAAGCAAGUUCAAUGACUCCAAAAAGAAUUGAGACAUAUAAAGAAAACAGUUCAGAGAACGAUGAUGAUAGCAAAUUUUUCUACAACUCAAGGCAAUGUUAUGUAUGUGUUGUAUGUACUUAAGUGUCUGUGGUUGGUGGUUAGUAUUAUUUUUCUCAUGUUUGGCCUCAGUAAGGCACAACUAGACCAGAUAAUGAGCAUCUCAGACCUAAAGAAGAAAGCCAAGUAAUAUCCUCUGAACAUUUGAGUUAUGGAGAGUCAUCGUGUUUUUUGAGCAAUAAGAUGAACAAGUGACCUGCCCCAGAACUUCUGUGCUGUUCUUUGUUAUGAGAGAAAGGUUGUAAGACAUAGUUUGGAUGCAGAAUUGCAACUUCCAAAAAAAUUCUUGUGGCUUAUGGGAAAGAGUAUUUGAAAGUGGGAUAAUUUAAAAACACAUGUUCACAAGAGCUAUAGACUCCAAUCAUAGACAUAUAAUUGGAGCCAAUUAGUUUUAAAAACUCAAGUUCAUUCGAAACAUUUCCAAAUUCAAUAGGAAAAAAAUCAUAACUUCAAAUUUUAAUUUUGAGAUAUUUUAAAUAAAACAUGCUAUUUGUGAACAUCUGCUAAGAAAGGGCAAAAUCUUGCAAAUAUGUGAGUGUAGAUGACUUAGAGAGCAGCUCAGGAUCAUGAAUGCUUGUAAAGGAAGUUGAGGCAGAGUUCUACUUGUUCAUGGCUGCAUAAUCAACCACCCUGGAACUUUUGACCUAAAACAAUACCUGUGGUCUCUUGACCUAUGGUGCUUGUUGGGCUCCUCUGCACAGUACUUGCUUAGGAUUUCAUGUGGUUUCAGUCCAAUGGUGGUUGGAGCUGGAACAAUCUGAAGGUCCCAUUGGGUUGGACAUCCAAGAUGGCUCCUCGCAGGGCUGAUAGUUUAUGCCAGCUGUUGACUAAGAGCUUAGCUGGAGCUGGGGUUUAGCUAUUGGAGCACUAAGGCAUGGUGCUCCUCUUUUGGUUUGGGUUUCUAAGAGAGAAGAAGCAUGGUGACCAAGUUCUAAGAUAGAACAUGCUAAGAACUAGCACUUCAGGAGACAAAAAUAGGAAUUGGAAGACUUCCUUAGACCUAGCCUGAGAAGUCCCACAGUGUCACUGCUGCUUUGUUCCAUUUGUCACACAAGAAGUCCAGAUUUUCUGCAGGAGGAGACUGUUCAAUGUGAUAGAUACUGGGAGUACUGGGGUGUAUCUUUGAUAUAGUUAGAUGAGAAAAUGCUCUCAUUUGGAGUAGGAUUUUUGAAAAUUAUUUUCAUUUCCAUGGAAAAAGGAGUAAGGAUGCUUCAUCUCCUGUUCUUCAUAAAAUGCAGCCGGUUCCCUUGGACUUUCUACCAUGCAACUCAUAACAUGUAUACACAGGAUUUGUGAGGCAAAAGGAAUCAGCCUUAGGGUCUGGGGGUGUAGCCCAGUGGUAGAACACUUACCUAGCAUGUGUAGGACUAUGGGUUUGGUCCCCAUCACCCCAGAGAGAGAGUAGGGUGGGGCAGGAAACCAACCUUGUACCUAAGAAAUUCAGGAAAGCCAUUAGGCAAGUCACCUUCUGUGUGUCCAAGUGAGCAGGCACAACUCUGUUCUGUCCAGAAGUAGGUGCAACAGUAAUCUCAGUACCCCCAUGUGGGCAUCCGUAGGAGUGGCCAAAGUGGAGAAAGGUUCACCUUUGAGUGGGCUCCCUUUUGGGUGCAUUCAUUGUAAUAAGCUUACACCUGAGCCACAGAGUGGAGUUUUUUUAGAGGAGAAAAUCCAUGAUCUAAAGAACUUGCGUUUUUUGGAUAUGGCCUCAGGUGAGUGCGUGACUUGAUGAGCAUCCUAUACUAGCUGCAUUGUGUGGGAGUGACCAGAACUUUGUUCUGUCUUAAUCUGAUGAUCCUCAUGGAACCACUCUGCCUCCCUCAUUAUAAGGUUUCUCCUUGUUUUUGUAGUAGUUCCUGGCAGUUAUUUAUUCCAGUAUUUGGAAACAGAUAGGUUCUCGAAAGAUACCACUCAAGCCAAUCCAGCCACAUUUAGAGGGGUUCCAUGACUAUACCUGAGACUAUGGAUAUAAGACCAAACAGCUCUGUCCUGGGAUAGGGCCAUUAGCUGGAAACCCAGUCUGAUCUUUCCAUGAGUGUCAUGGAAGCCUUCCACUCCUCCCCUCUCCAAAUUUAUUUAUGCAUUCAGAAAAUACUUAUUAGAUUCCUUCUAUAUGCCUGACAUUGGCUCAGUCUCUAGAAAUAAACUGGACAAAAUUCCUGAAGUCCUUGUCCUUCUAGAUAUUAGAAUCCCAUGAGAAUAUUCUGGAACAUUGCCAAUGGUGGCAAAUGGAGACAAUCUCUGUCUAGAACAAAGAUGGCUGUUUAACAUGGGCUCCCCACACCCAGAUGGGUUAUAGUGGAUAAACUUUAAAUUAAAUUUAGAGAGUUGUUUUAAUAUAUUUCUUCUAAUAGGAUAACUAUGGAAUGGAUCUAAAAUAAAGAAUUUCAAAUUAGAGAAUUAAGCCCAAUGAAAACCAUGAAAGAGAUUAGGUACUGAGUUAAUUUUUAAUUUUCCAAACAUCAUUUCAGAAACAAUAGCUCCCUGGCAUUGAACUGGAAUCUUUGAAAACUUUGCCUCUCCUUGAAAUUCCUGAUAUGACCUCAUAUUAUGGCAUUGUUAAAUAAUCUUAACAUUUUUGGGUGUAACCGAUUUAACAAGUUGACACUUGAUGCCUUUUAUACAAUGUGUCCCUAAGAGGAGCAAGACAGAACAGGACUGGAGAUUACAGCAUGGUGAUGGGAUUUAGGUUCUCACAUUUAGUUUCCAGAACAAUUCUCAUGCUCUGAUUUGGUCUGCAAUGCCUACAAGUUACCGAAACAAGUGGCUUAAAAAUUUAUCAAAGAAGGUAUCUGUCAUUUAAUCAAAACAGUUGAGUGUGAAUAAUUUGAUUAAAGUCCUUUUUUUCUAAUCAUCAUUUGAAAAACAUGCAUUAAGGGCUUACUAUGUGGCAGGCAUUGUAGAUAAUAGAGGCUGCUACCCGCCGAAGAGUUUUGCUUCCAGCAGAGCAAAGAGACUGCUUCCAGCAGAUCAGAGUGAGGGUGAGAAGUUGCGCAAGGUCGAAAGCCAGCCAGGAAGAUGUGACAAGGAGCCACUGGGAUUGCUCUAGUUGGGUGGUCCCUCCACUAUGGUGGGGGCUGGCCUACUACAAUUAUUUAAAAGUUGGUGGUGAUACACGUGAUCCAAGCUACUUUGGAGGCUGGAGGAUUCCAAGUUCAAGGCCAGUCUCAGCAACUUAGCAGAGACCCUGUCCCCAAAUAAAAUGAAAUGAUAGAUAAAAUAAUAAACUGGUUGUAUUUGAUUGGUGUUCAAAGCAGCCUUUAGAAGAAGGUUGUACAGCAUAAAAGAUAAGUGGGUAGAUGCUCAGAAUUCUCUCUCUAACCAGCUUUGCAAUGAAUAACUAUAUGAUUUUGGCCCUUUAAGUCCUUGGUUUCAUCACUAAGUUUAUCCCUAAGACUUGAUGGAAAGUCUCCAAAUCCUUUGGGUUGUUCUAACAUUUACACUGAUUAUAUGACUUGCUUGUGUUUUCAGGUCUCAAGAAGACCAAUGCUUGGUGAGGUUGCCCAUAGAAAGCUAAAAUCAGUAUAGUAUCUCUCUUAUUAACACUUAAGGUUUAAUUGUGUUCUGAUUCCUAUGGCUCUUUUUCAUACAUUUUUCUUUUAAUCUUCACCAAAACCCUGAAGAGUUGGAGAAACUGAAGUUUAUAGAAUUCAAGUAACAUGCCCAGUUUCACAGAGGCAGUGAACACAGGGUCUAUUCAUCAGGCUCUUAGCAAGUGACAGUUACUUAUGAUUGGAUUAAAACAGUCCCAUUCAAAGAUGUUGAGCUAGUGACCUCUAAUUUCCUUCCAAACACCAACGUUCUACAUUUGUCUCAUCUUCAAAGACCAUCCUGAAGUUGUCAAAAAAGUGAGUGUAUUUGUAGGUUAUUUUGUCCCAACUAAAAAUAUGAAACUUCUUGAGCCUUGAUGAAGACAGGACAAUGUAACUAAAUAUAUGUAAAAUGACGCUUCAGCCACUUAGAAAUGAAGGUAGCCACGUUUCCUCAUUGCAAAAUGGAAGAGCCACUUUGGAAAAUGUUUUGGCAGUUUCAUAUGAACAUAUGCUUACAUAUUGAAUUCCUAGGUAUUUAUAUAUACAAGAGAAAUGCAAAUCUGUACACAAAACCCGAAUACAGAUGUUUACAGGUAUUUUCUUCAUAGUUGCCCCAAACUGGAAACCCCAAUGUCCUUCAGCUUGUGAGUAAACAAACUGGUGUAUCUGUACAAUGGAACACUAUUCAGCAAUAAAAAGAAAUAAACUUUCAAUAAGUAAA